CACCUUUCACUGCUGGCACUGCACUACAACCACCACCAAAACCCUCCUCCCCACCCCACAUCUCCCUCUCGACUCCCCGCCGCCGCCGCUGCCUGGACUGCGCGGCGCGUGCCUUCCCGAUCGCCAUGGCCUCCAUGGCGUUCGCCGCCGCCAAGGUCCUCCCCGCCACGGCGCCCACGCACCUCGACUCCUCCCCGCGCCUCUCCCCUCCGGCAGCCCGCGCCGGUAGCCUGUGCUUCGCGCCGGUCUCCACCGCGUCGUCGGCGCUCCUUCGCCUCCAGCACGCGGCCCCGUCGGGGCCUGGAGGUAGGAUUCCGCCGCCCCCGCUCUCCUACGGCGGCGGCGGCGGAUCUGGCGACGCCGCGGAUUCCGGGGGAGACGGGGACCGCCGCGGCAUCCUCGGCAUCUUCCUCGCCGGGUGGGCGGCGCGCGUCGCGGCGGAUCCGCAGUUCCCGUUCAAGGUGCUGAUGGAGGAGCUCGUCGGCGUCAGCGCCUGCGUGCUCGGGGACAUGGCGUCCCGCCCCAACUUCGGCCUCAACGAGCUCGACUUCGUCUUCUCCACCCUCGUCGUCGGAUCCAUCCUCAACUUCGUCCUCAUGUACCUCCUCGCGCCCACCGCCGGCGCCUCGGCCGCCGCGUCGGCCGCCGCCUCCGGUCUCCCCAGCCACAUGUUCGAGGCCGGCGCCUACUCCUUCGGCUCCCGCGUCGCGACCCUCGUGUCCAAGGGCGCCACUUUCGCCGCGGUCGGGUUCGCGGCGGGCCUCGCCGGCACCGCGAUCUCCAACGGCCUCAUCUCGCUGCGGAAGCGCAUGGACCCGGCGUUCGAGACCCCGAACAAGCCGCCGCCCACGCUGCUCAACGCCGCCACCUGGGCGAUCCACAUGGGCGUCAGCAGCAACCUGCGGUACCAGACGCUGAACGGCAUUGAGUACCUGCUCGCCAGCGCAGCGCCGCCGUCGGUGUUCAAGGUGUCCGUUGUCGCGCUCCGGUGCAUGAACAACGUGCUGGGUGGUAUGUCCUUCGUGCUGCUUGCGAGGUUGACGGGGUCGCAAAAGUCCGAUGCGCCGGCCGCCUCCGCCACCGCGGCAGAAGAGAAGGAAAGGUUGAUAGCUGAGGGCAAUGCCGUCGCCGCAGCUACCGUCGGUGCAGGAAGGGACGGAGAGGGUAAGUAAGUCAGUAAGUGAGAUGCAUAAUGCAAGUAAGCUUGCGCCGUGCAUCGCUCAAGCUUCAUUUGCUGCUUCUUGGACAUAGGCCAAGAAACUUUGUAGAUGAUAAGCCGGUUGGCUGGCAAUAAGGAGUGGGGCUUGAAACAAUUUCUUCAGUCCAUCUUUGGUGUUCUUUGGUGGUGUUUAUCUGUCGACAUGCUUAGUUGAUCUUAGAAUAAAGAUUUUACCUUUUU